UCGGAACGUCAUGACCGGAAGGUCACGAAACCAUGGAGCGGAAGUGAGAAUCGGAGUCUCUCCGCCAUUGUGGAAGCGCGAUAGAGUAAGGGAUAUUUUAAUCUGACAUUAGAAACAGUUAUAGGGAGCGAGUGCGGUUGAGGAAAGCGAGAUAGCAUUCCCGUAUCUGAUAUUGAUAGCAAAUAAAAAGUUGGUAUCCUUAAAAUCUACCACCACACGACUACUUUGUAAUAGGAGAAAACACGGACUAAAAAUACAGAGACUGAAUAACCCGAGACGAGAGAGAAAAUACCAGUACCACCACAGAAGUAGGAGCGAUCGUGGACAGUAACAAAUAGCAAUCAGCUCUGGUUCCUGGAGGAUGUCUGCGACCACUGUCGAUCAGAGACCUAAGGGACAAGGAAACAAAGUUCAAAACGGUUCAAUGCAUCAGAAAGAUGCUGUAAACGAUGAUGACUUUGAGCCUUAUCUAAGCAACCAGACAAAUCAGAGUAACAGCUAUCCACCAAUGUCGGAUCCCUACAUGCCUAGUUAUUAUGCCCCAUCCAUGGGGUUCCCUUACUCCCUGGGGGAGGCAGCGUGGUCCACUGCCGGAGACCCUCCCAUGCCCUACUUGACCACCUAUGGACAGAUGAGCAACGGCGAGCACCAUUUCAUCCCCGACGGGGUGUUCAGCCAGCCCGGCGCCCUGGGGAACACGCCUCCCUUCCUCAGCCAGCACGGCUUCAACUUCUUCCCCGGAAACGCAGACUUUUCCACCUGGGGGACGAGCGGGUCUCAGGGCCAAUCCACGCAGAGCUCGGCCUACAGCAGCAGCUACGGCUACGCCCCCAGCUCCCUGGGCCGGGCCAUCGCCGACGGCCAGGCGGGCUUCGGGAGCGACUCGCAGCUCAGCAAGGUGCCGGGGCUGAGCGGCAUCGAGCAGGGCAUGGCCGGCCUGAAGCUGGGCUCCGACAUGGCGGCCGUCACCAAGACGGUGGGCUCCCCGCUGGGGGCGGCGGCGGGAAUGAGCAGCAUGGCCAUGAACAGCAUGCCGCCCGUCAGCUCCUCCGCCCCCAAGCCUACCUCCUGGGCGGCCAUCGCCCGCAAACCCGCCAAGCCCCAGCCCAAGCUGAAGCCCAAAGCCAACAUGGGCAUGGGGGGCGGGGUCGCCAUCCCUCCGCCCCCCAUAAAGCACAACAUGAACAUUGGCACCUGGGACGACAAGGGCUCCAUCACCAAGCCACCCUUAGCCCAGCAGAUGCUACCCCCCCAGCCCCUGGUGCAGCAGCAGCUCCUGGGCCCACCCCAGCCCCUGAUGCAGAGCCAGCUGCCGCCCCAGCCCCAGCACCAACACCAACAUCAACAUCAGCAUCAGCACCACCUGCACCUGCAUUCAGCCCAGCCUCCCCUGCCCCCGGGCCCCCCGCACCCACCCCAGCAGCACCCGCCCCACCCCGGCCCCCCCCAGCCCCUCCAGCCUCCCCUGCAGCAGCAGCCCACACCCCCCCAGAACCGCUGGGUGGCCCCUCGCAACCGGGGCUCCAGCUUUAACCAGAACUGCGGGGUGGAGAACUUUGGCAUGGGGACGGGGGUCCCCAUGAGCGCCCCGGCCUGCCCCGGGGAGGUGCACCCAGUGCUGGAGAAACUCAAAGCCCUCAACAACUACAACCCCAAAGACUUUGACUGGAGCUUGAAAAACGCCCGGGUGUUCAUCAUCAAGAGCUACUCAGAGGACGACAUCCACCGCUCCAUCAAGUACUCCAUCUGGUGCAGCACUGAGCACGGCAACAAGAGGCUGGACGCGGCCUACCGCUCCCUCAACGCCAAGGGCCCCCUCUACCUGCUCUUCAGCGUCAACGGCAGCGGACACUUCUGCGGCGUGGCGGAGAUGAAGUCGCCCGUGGACUACAACGCCUACGCCGGCGUCUGGUCUCAGGACAAGUGGAAGGGCAAGUUCGAGGUGAAAUGGAUCUUCGUCAAGGACGUUCCCAACAACCAGCUGCGGCACAUCCGCCUAGAAAAUAACGACAACAAACCCGUCACCAACUCCAGGGACACUCAGGAAGUGCCCCUCGAAAAGGCAAAGCAAGUGCUUAAAAUUAUUGCGACUUUCAAGCAUACCACCUCAAUCUUUGAUGACUUUGCACAUUAUGAAAAGCGUCAGGAGGAGGAGGAAGCCAUGCGUAGGGAGCGGAAUAGAACCAAACAGUAACACAAUGGAGAUAUCCCUGCUAGAACUGCAACACUAAUGAUGUAAACCCUUAAAUAAUCGCCUAACUACAAGGAAGAAAGGGUUGCGCAAUGUUUUCCGCUGAAGACUAUGUCUCUGAACUUUUAACACAUCGGUGGACUGUUCUGUAUCAGUUUUUGGUGCAUAUGCCCUUAUACUCCUGUCUCACAAUAAACGAAAGAAAAGAACUCACUUAAACUGUAUCUUAAAGCACUUUCAGUCCUUCUAAAAGCUUUUACCAAUACCCUUAACUUUCUCUGGAGUUUUUGUUUGUUAUUAACUAACUAACCAGUGGUAGUUGGUUCGAAAGAUUUCACAAGACUUGUUUGUAGUUUUUUUUUUUUUUUUAAUUCCUCCAAAUUUUGGAAAUAUUUGCGCUUUAUGGAUUUUUAGCGCUUUCAGAAGAGAUUAAAAUAUGUAUAACAAAUCUUUUACUUGAAUCUGCAUUUAGCUGCCCGAUUCUCAGAUGGAUAUCAUUAUUCAGUAGCAGGUGGGGUCUUGUCUGGUGAAACCCAUGCAGGAAUGAUCAUGCGAUUUUGUUGUAGACUGACCGUUCCCUCAUUUUCAACAUUUUGUGUACCAAAAGUUGAUAUUAUGCAGCGUGGUGAAUGAUGCAAGGUAAUGCACAUGUUUGUUCUGUUUUUUCUUUCUCCAUGUAAUAAUGUCAUACAGAAGUGCAUUUGUCUGAGGAGAAAUGUGUUCCAACGCCACCAGUUAUCUGACCAUCUUUGAAAUUUGAAGUUAACGUACCUCAGUUUAAACCAGACCUCUCCUUAUGAUCUCUCUGUAACUGCUUUCACUAUGGGACUUCCUGGCUGUGGGGCAGAUGCCCUGGGGCAGAUAUGGAAGGGCCCAAUUUCUCAUCUAGGUGACUCACUAGCUAAAUAAACAUACUUGUUUAGCGAUCACACGUUUUGGGUUUUUAAUUCGAGGCGGAGGGUGUUGCGUUAUUUCAUCUUGUUUCAGCUCGCUGCUUUGGGCAUUGACAUUUAACACGUUGUCUCAGUUCUGUUGUACUUGCGCAAAUCGUUCCGUCUUGAAGUUUUGGGAGAAUUUGUUUGCAAAUGCAGUGUACGGAAGAGCACGCUGCUAUCCAGGUUUACUAAAACAAGGCGAGAAAAGGUUUCGCUUCAGUGCAGAGCAAAUGGCAGAGACUUAGCUUAGUCUCUGCUCUUCGUUUGCUGUGGGAAACUCCUUGGCCUGCUAUGGCAAGCUGGGCUCUCCCAACAGGACUGAUCCACUGAAUGUCUGCCUCUAAAACAUCUGUAAGUGAUAUACCAUCAUUAAGGCCUGUGGUAUUUCCUGUUUGUUCACUUUAAACUGCCCUUUUCAUAAGCCCCGUAGGGUUUUUUUUUUUCUUCCUGUUUUAGUUUUUGUUGUGAGGGAGGAUGUGUGUAAGAACUUAAACGUAGGAAACAUGCACGGUUUAAUUCAUUUAAAAGGAUUAAAACAUCAACAAACAACCCCACAGUAAGCUUACAAGGGGAAUGCCACUAUGUUUCAUUGUUUCAUUUUUGUGGUUAUAUUUGUGCCCAUGCCUCUUGAGGUCUUGUGAAUCGAUGCUUAUGAUGACGCUAAUGCUUAUUACACACUGAUGUGAUUAAAGAAACAGAUAAAAAUAAAUCUAGAUUUAUCCAAA